CCCUUCGUUUCUCAAUCAACAAAUUAGAAAAAUUUCCUGAGAAAAAAAAUCUUCGUCUUCGUCUAAGCUUUCAAAUCGUCGUCGUUUUGAUUCAAGGUUUUCCAGAUUCUCGUCACCAAUGGAUCCAUUCUUCAGAAGGCAUUGGCACAAUUUCGCCCCACAACAUCAGUACCCGCAGACCAAUUUCGCGCCACAACAUCAGUACCCGCUGGAGGCGAGGCAAGUCCCGGUCCAGCGCCGAGCGGACCCGUCGCCGAAGGUGGUCUCGAUCCCGGUUCAGUACGUCGGGUUGGAGCGCAGGCGGUCCGAGUCGGCGCUGAAAAUCCAGAAGGCGUUCAGAGGGUUCCUGGUGAGGAAAAGCGUGAGGAAGAUCGCGGCGAUCAGAGUCGAGGUCAGCGAGAUCGAGAAGCGCAUUUCGAAGCGAGAGGCGGUGGAAUUGAUGAGGAGGGACGCCAAGGAGCGGCUGAAGGUGAACGAGACGCUGAUGAACUUGCUGUUGAAGUUGGAUUCGGUGAAGGGCGUCGAUUCGGGAGUUAGGGAUUUCAGGAGGGCCGUGAUAAAAAAGGCGAUUGCUUUGCAGGAGAGAGUGGACAGCGCUGUUGCUGAAAAUCCCCAAAUCGACCAAACCCUAGAAUUGCAAUCCGAAUCCCCUGUAAAUUCGGAUGAGACUCAGAAUUCGCAGUCUGUGGAAUUGGAAUCGGCAGCCGGGCCCCAAAUCGAAACUGUCCGACACGGCAAUGCGUGGGGGUGCAGAGAGGUAGAAGGCUCUGUGAGUGAUAGCGAGUCCUCUGGAUCGUCUUGUGAUGAUUCGCCGAACCCGUUGGAGGAUGGGGUGGAGGAUGUUAAGGUGGUGGAACGAGAGGAGGUGGCGGAGGAGGAGGGAGCUGGGGAGAUUAUGAAGGAUGAUGACAAAAGGAGCAGUAGCAGAGAGCUGCUGGAGAGGGUGGCGGAGGACAACGCGAAGAUGAUGGGAAUGAUGGAGGAGCUGUUUGAGAAGAACCAGAUGCAGACGCGGAUGCUGAGCUCGCUGUCGCAGAGGGUGGAGCAGCUGGAGAGGGCGCUUGUGUGUGAGAGGUUGAGGAGAAGGAAGAGGAGGCAUGCUGCUGGAACUGCAGAUUUCGUGUCCAAGUAACAAGUUAAUAUUGCAAGGAGACAAUGAAACUUGGUUGUGUGCUAUUCUACACAUUGGCUUUUUAUUUCUUUUUGCUAAUUACAUUUUGGCUCCUUAUUGUAAAAAAGAUUUGGCGUUUUAGGAUUCGUAUGGCCGAUCAUAUUAGUGAAAAAAAUGUUGGCCGAUCAUAUUAGUGAAAAAAAUGUUUUAUUGUUGUUUGUUGUAAAGGAUUUGAAAAGUGAAUUGUUUGAUUGAUGAAAUUUGAUGCUUUUGGUGUAUUAGCUACUUUGGUUUUGUAAGUUGAUUGGGGAUCAGUACGGACUCGAUGUGAAUACCUAAGAAAUCAACGUUCUUUUGUAA